AUGUUCUCGGAAUAUGCUUCACGCUUCUUAGCACAAUCGCAGUCGAGGUUCUCCACGCUCAUACAACCUGAUAACGCCGACGCCCCUCCUGCACACAACCCCAACGAGAGAUACCGUCGAGCAAAUCAACCCUUCCAGACUUCGUCGAGACGAUAUCCUUCGCGGCACGGCAACCCAUACCAGUCUGCGAAUCUAUCGACCAUCGGAGGUUUCACAACUCGCUAUACAGCAGCUCCAGACGCACCUCUGUUUCACAGUGCCUUGGAUGACUUCCGAGAAGAAGAUGACGAGGAGGAACGAGACAGGGAGACUGCAGACUUCUUCGCUCUCCAGAAGUCUAGAAGAACAUUCGCUCCCAUAAGCAGACUUGAGGAGAGCUCCGAGACGGAUCCAGAAGCUAGUAAGGACUCUCUGGAUCAGAGUAAAGAUGAGGACGGAAGAGCUGUCGAGGACCGGGGGAGAGGUCGGGGUAUCAAGAGCAGCUGGAAUGGUGGUGGCCGAAGUCACAGAGAACGAGGAAGAACUCCAGGGACCAUCGGAGAAGAGACGGACCCAAGUGAUAAAUCCGAGAGCGCGAGAGGAGUGAGCGAAAGCAGUAAAGGCAAGGACAAGAUGGUUGAUGUUGGGCUUGAAUCGACGAUCGAGGAUGAUGAUCCGCCAGACGAUCUUAUGGCAGAUGUCCGAGAUGAUGAGAGCGUGCCUGCCUUCCAGAAUUUCCAACCUAAACCAAAGCAUGGGGCAAUCCGCUUACCUACAGAUUCGAGGCAUGAUCGGGAACGGGAGGCUGCAUUUCAAGCCGGUGCCGGGAUAUCUCGACCUCCAAGUUCGGUAGAGACCGUUCCAGCAACAAUAGCAACUACCUUGGGAGAAGCACCAAAACACGAUAUCUUCUUUGGAUCUCUGUUCCUGAUAUGUCUUGGUGCUCUGUUUGCAACUUUCUUCCUGAUCUUCCUGCAUACGGAGACACCCUCGAACAAUAUCGGAGACACAAUCUACUCGACGCUGCACGCUUCGUUCCAUUUGUUCGCUGUAGAUACAGUGGCUUCUGUCAUAGUAUCGCUGGUAUGGCUCGCGUUGUUACGGUCAUAUGUCAGGAUUCUUGUACACUUAAUCCUGAUUGCUGUACCAAUCAUUCUGAUAUCCUUUUCCUUAUAUCCCUUCAUUGCAAGCUACAAGGGCUCGGAAGCAGGAAUGAGUCUUCAAGAUAGAGCUAUGCGAUGGUUGUCAUUCAUUCCAGCAAUCCUAGCUCUGGCUUGGUUGUAUACAAUCUACAGAGGACGGCACUCUCUCAACAGAGCCAUUGGAAUCUUAGAGUUCGCGUCUAGGAUUCUGGCAGCAAAUCCAGCGCUCCUCGGGAUGGGCUUUAUAACAUUGGCUUCGGUUGUUGUUUGGACUUGGGUCUGGCUUGGGAUGUUCACGAGAGUAUUCUUGGGCGGUCAUCUUUCAACAAGCGUCACCAAAUUCAUCAUCGAUGCAACGAGUUGGUGGUUGGCAGUGUUCUUUGUACUGAUGUACAUCUGGACACUCUCCGUGAUAAGCGGCAUCCAGAGGGCAACUACAGCAGCAACAGUAUCACAAUGGUAUUUCCAUCGAAAUGUUGUCCCAGCUCCAAGCUCGAGGGAGAUCGUGGCAGCCGCAGCUACCCAUGCUACGACGACCCUUUUCGGCACGAUCUCUUUGUCGACUUUGAUCGCUCUCUUGAUUCGCCUACCCCUCCUCGUACUUCCGAGCCGGUUGAUGAGCGUUGUUAGCAUCUUUUUCUACACCUUCAUCCCGACACCUAUCGUUGCUCUCACAAACCCGCUCACCUUGACGUAUGCUGCGAUCCAUUCUCAGCCUCUACAGAACUCGGCUCGUGGUUUGAGCCAGAUGUCCUUCCUGGCUCCAAACACCCCAACGAACACCCUGACACCACGAUCAUUCCAAGCCCGGAAUCACGGUUCAUCUCUGUUACCAUACAGACUGGCAAAGCUUCUACUUCACGCAACUAGAUUCAUCAUGGCAACAGCCCUUGGAUUCGGCGGAUGGGUAGCAACUGCUCGACAGCUCGAUAUUGCUAUGCCCGGCGGAAAGGGAAUUCGAGGCUCUGCAUAUGCCUACGUCGUCGGUCUAGUAGCCAGUUUCAUCGGUUGGGGUGUCCUCGGAGCCAUGGAAGGUGUAUUGAGCGGCAUUGUCGACGCGGCUGUCAUCUGUUGGGGCAGUGAGAAAGGGAUGGCUGGCGGCGGCGCUUAUUGCUUGGAGGCAGGGUAUCUGUUUGGAGAGGGAAGAGAGAGGGAUUUGCCGUGA